CCGGGGCCGCGGCGUUGCGCUGCCGCUGCCGCUGCCGAGCGGCCGGGCGGGCCGGGUGCCGGGAGGAACCUCACUCUAACAAGAACUGUGGCUACUCAAACCGAGGCAGCAGACGCUGCUGCUGAAUCAGAGAAUCGAUCUGUGCCAGUAUCAGUUCACCCUGCAAAGGAUGAAGAAGGACCAGGGCAAUCAGAGGAAUGGGAGGAAGAGUCAGAGCCAGAGAUAAUCACCUGGUCCCUGUCCCUGAGUGAGCUGCGACGUGUGCGAAAGGAUUACAGCCGCCACUCAGGUGAGCACAUUGUCACCUGGCUGCUGCGAUGUUGGGAGAAUGGGGCCAACAGCUUGGACUUAGAGGGCAGGGAAGCCAGGCAGCUGGGCUCCCUGUCCCGGGAUGGGGGCAUUGAUAGGGCAAUUGGAAGACAGACACAAGUCCUCAGCCUAUGGAGACGACUCUUGUUGGGUGUGAAGGAAAGAUACCCCUUCAAGGAAGAUAUUACAUUCCACCCAGGCAAGUGGACCACCAUGGAGAAAGGUAUCCAGUACCUGAGAGAAUUAGCUGUGCUGGAAAUGAUUUAUAAUGAACAUCCACCCAUAGACCCAGACGAAGUCCGGUGCACGCAAUCUAUGUGGCGAAAGUUCCUACGAAGUGCAUCACCACUUUAUGCCAGUUCAUUGGCAGUCAUCUGGAGAGAAGACAAGGGGCAAACGGUGGAGGAAAUAGCUGCUCAGCUUUGGCAAUAUGAAGAAAGCCUGUCUUCCUCCCUACAGGCUUGCUUCUCAGCUCUAGAGGAACUGUCACAGAACUUCCAGCAAUUCAAAGAAGACAUGUCCCAUCUUCUACCUGCCCGAGCCCAUAGGAGUAGGCACCCUUUUGUUCAAGAGAGGGAAUAUAGAGGGUAUAUACCACAGGAUGCUCCAUGGUUUUACUCUCAAGGGCAGGGAGAGAACAUGAGCAAGUGGGAUAGGCCACCUACUCCGGCUCCAAGGGCACGGGUACAGGAGUUGUGGGGAGAAACACUUGAAAGAAGCAAUUCUGCUUGGAAAAAUGCCGCUCCAGUUUCCACUGAGCAGCUCUCUAGACAGGAUAGAAGGGUUGAUUUCAAUUCUGAUCCCCUCAAGGGACUUAUAGCUUUUUCCCACAAAAAGUAAGCAAUGACUGUCAUGACCAGCCCUGCCUCCAGCCAGGUGGAGCAGAGAGACAACCAGGUUUAUUGGACUGUGUAUAUUUGAUGGCUUGGCACAUCAAACCCACAAGAGCACAAGGCUCUAGUGGACACCGGUACACGACUUACUCAGAUGCCAUCAAGCUAUAAAGGGACAGAAUCCAUUUGUAUUUCUGGAGUGACAGGGAUCUCAACAGAAGCUGAAGUGAGCCUGACUAGGAAUGAGUGGCACAAACACCCCAUUGUGAUGGGCCCAGAAGCUCCAUGCAUCCUGGGCAUAGACUACCUCAAGAGAUGGUAUUUUAAGGACCAAAAAAAGUACCAGUGGGCUUUGGUGUGGCUGCAGUGGAGACAGUGGGACUUGAACAACUGUCCAGCAUGUCUGGCCCUUCUGUUGUGGGGUUGCUGAUGGUUGAAGAGCAACUGGUGCCAAUUGCGAUAGCGACAGUGCACCAGCAGCAAUAUCGCACCAACGCAGAUUCCAUCACUCCUGUUUCUAAGUUGAUUUGCCAACUGGAGAGCCAAGGGGUGACCAGCAAAACUCACUCACCCUUUAACAGCCCCAUAUGGCCGGUGCAAAAGUUGGUCUGGAGCAGUCAGUCAGGUCAGGUCAUGAGCAACUGUAUCACACACCACUUCCUUUGUAUAUCCCCUCAUUUAUAGUUCUAAUCGUUCCUCCUUAAUGUGUUUUGUUCUAUUAAACAGUUCUUAUUUCAA